AGUCAUUUUUGAAGUUAGUCUCUUAUGUCACAGGUUAAGAUCAGCUGUUUGUCGACUGUGUUUGUGAAGUGCAUGGGAAAAGGGCGUCUGGUAUUUGGUUUGGUAAUGACACGCAGAAGGACCCAUAACCCGGCGUGAUGUCCAAAUUCGACGAGCUGUUGAUCCUCCUCGGGACGGGAAAGUGGAAUAUGGUGGUGUUCUUCGCUGCGGGAUACUGGAUGACCCUGGUCCCCUGCCACAGUGUGGGCGGCGCUUUCCUGACGCCCGAAGUGCAUCACACCUGCCGUCUGCCUCCAGAAGAAACGAACGUAUCGGAGGCGUCACAGUGCAAAUAUAACGUGACGACCUCUCUGGGGAUUUACGAGGAACGACCCUGUACGCGAUGGGAUUUUGACAACACGACCUACACCAACACCCUUACAUCAGAGUUCCAGCUGGUGUGCGAGUACAGAUUCCUCCGACCUGCCUUCAAAAGUCUCUACUUCUUCGGUGCCUUCUUCGGGGCCCCUCUGAAUGGAUGGCUGUCCGAUAGAUACGGGAGGAAGACGAUGCUCGUGAUAGGGACAAUCACCUAUACGAUUUUGACCAACGCUCUCUCCUGGCUGCCUAAUGUCUCUGCCAUACUCCUGGCCCGUUUCUGUAUGGGACUCAUGCACCCGACCUCCAUACAUUCCAUUUUCAGUCUGGCCAUGGAAAUCUGCGUCCCUCGCUAUCGGUCCGUCGUUGGCAUCCUAGUGUUCCUACCCUGGGCUUUAUCUAUCAUUGCCUUGGGGGGAGUAGGCUACCUGCUAAGAGACUGGAGAUGGUUCAUGUUCACAGUCAGUCUGCCGAGUGUGCUCUCCUUGCCCUCGCUGUGGUUUAUCGACGAAUCACCUCGUUGGCUGAUCGUGCAAGGUCGCCACCAGGAGGCUCUGCGCGUCCUCCGAAGGGCCGCGAAAUGGAAUAAGGUCAAAUUACCAAGAGAUGAGGAACUGCUAAAGGUCAUGAAGGAUAUACAAAAGGAGCAAGGAGAUGAACGGCAUCAGGGUCGAGCAAAUUCAUCGACAUUUGCAGAUCUCCUCAGAGGUGUUGCCAAUGAACUUAUUAUUCUUUUCAGAACCCGCAGAAUACGGACCUUAACCCUAUACUUGUACGUGAAUCACGUGGUAGCGGGUCUAGUCUACUACGGCCUCUCCCUCGGUGGCGACAAGUUCGGCGUCGACCCCUUCGUGUACAUGUCCCUGAGCGGGGUCAUGGAGCUCCCCGGCGGCACGCUCACUAUCCCCAUGGUGGACAAGAUGGGCAGGAGGCCGUCUAAUGUCAUCUGCUUCUUCGUUACGGCCGCUGUCCUUCUAGUUCUUGGGGUCAUUCCGGCAGGUAUUGACUGGCUGGUGACAACAAUGGCUUUACUUGGGAAGCUCACCAUCGCUGCAGCCUACCAGAUCCUCUCCCUCCAAGCCACGGAACUUUUCCCGACCGAAGUCAGAGUCCGCGGAUUGGGAACUUGUUCGAUGAUGUCCAAGGUCGGGUCGAUUUCGGCGCCGUUUCUGGUGGAGGCUUUGGGCACCAUCGGGUCUUGGGCGCCUCUCGUGCUCUUUGGUGCAGCCGGUUUCGUGGCGGGCGUGGUGACCCUGAGGCUUCAGGAGACUCGCGGGGUGCUCAUGCAGGACACCGUAGCUGGUUUAGAAGCAGCUCAUAAAACAGUCAAGGAAAAAUCCGCGCCUUUAGCCCAGCAAGAACAAUACCU